UUUAUAAAUAAAUACGACAAUAACUAGAAAUAAUCAUGAACUGCUUCGAGAACGUGACUAUGCCGAAUUUCGUAUGGUUCGAAGGAGGAGAAAGGCGCAAUAUUUUUGCGUCCAUGGCUGCAGGUUUUCUGUACUUUACAGGCUGGUGGUUUAUAAUUGACUCGGCAUCGAAGUACCCUAAUGAACUACCAAGUGCAGCUUAUGCCUGCGGAGUGAUGGCUACCAUUUCCCUGCUUAUGGUCAACUCUGUUUCAAAUGCACAGGUGCGAGGAGAGACAUACACGGGGGGCUGCAUGGGUCCGCGUGGCGCGAAGUUCUUCCUCUUCAUCGGCUUUGUUGUAGGCUUUGCGUCACUCAUCGCAGCUAGCUUGACACUGCUUGCCAAAUAUGUAAAAACUGAUGUGACCAAACACACCUGGGUGGGCGUGAGCCUGCUAUUGCAAAACGCGUUCAUCUUCGCCGGCUCGCUAGCCUUGAAGUUUGGCCGCGCCGAGGACCUGUGGGGCUAA